CAGGGCUGCCUGAUAGUCAUCUUUCCUGGAUGCAUGGCUAUGUGAAUAGCUAUCUGUGAUGCUCGGCCAUGGCCCGAGGCACGAUCCUGCUUUCUUCUGCCUCUCACCAUGUCUUCGAUAAACUGGUUCGACCUGGAGCUUGAACCACUGGGAGCGAAGCUAUACGAAAUCGAAACCGUUGACAAUGCAGAUGCUCGCGCCUGGACAGCAGGGUUGGACGCUCUUCCAGGUCUUCGUCAGCUGACAGGCCCGAUAGAAGAGUAUCGGCAGCAAGCUCGCGACCCCAAGCGUUCGCAAGCGCUAUAUCGUACUAUCGAGGGCACAGACUAUCAGACUUUCAUCCCGGCACCGACAAUUUUCGAAGGGCUGCGUCAGGUGCUCCUGAGGAGGGAAUACGAAGCGACCUGGAGGGAUAUGGAGUUGGCCUUUGCAACGGGUCGUACUUAUUUCUCAGUCAUGGAGGGGACGACGACCUACGAGGGCCCGCCAACUCCUGCGGCUCAAGCACCAUAUUCAUACGCAUACGCUAUUACAGGUCAUUCGGGAAUUGGAAAGACUUUGUUCCUCAGCCUGGCUCUUCUGCGAUGCCUUCAGAGGCAUUGGACCGUAGUCCUGCAAAUGCAGCCUUACAGCAUCCUCAUAUUCAACUUCAGCGGUGUUUACAGUGUAAGCUACACCGUAGGGAUGGCAGAACUCUCCGAUGCGCUCCCCCGGGCAACGUGGUGCCUUGUCGAUUCGAACGACGCCAUGCGCGGGAUGCCCUACAAUUUCCUUACGCUGGAUCGCUUCCUGAUUCGAACGGCGGCGCCGCAGGCUGACCGCCUCUCGUGGGGAAUGAAGAAGCAACAUUUCUACAGUCGUUAUCUGAUCAAGCCUAUGCCUGCGGAGGAGGCGCAGCUAGCAUAUUCCGUCAGCGUCCGAUCUCCAAAUCCGGAUUCUAAUCGCAUCAUACAGUCGUUCUUCGACAAGUACGGUCCUUCCACGCGCUCUGUUUUCCAGGCCGUCAGCGCGAGAGAGAAGUGGGAAGAGGCGCAAUCUAUAGUUCUCCAAUCCGUCCUCGAACGUUUCGACUUCCCCCAAUUUCGAGACCUCGUCAGCGGCGCCAAGACCCUGCAAACAGACGACCAGAUCUCGCAUCAUAUCCUCCUGGUCGAACCUGCCGACAAACGUCAUCUGGUUCAAGCUGACCUAGUCUCCGCGCAUAUGCUGGCACUCCUCGCGAAGUGUUUCUCGAGUUUGCCGAGUCAGGGCGUGCGGCUGGUCCACGACCUCUUCUCAUCCGAUGGGCGAACCAAGGAUGCUGCCAUACGUCUAGUGGAAGACGGUAUGCAUGCUUUGUUGGCCAUGCCAGGCCAUUGGCCACUCACAAAGUGGCCUGGCAUGGACAAAUAUCGCAUGGUCGUUUCUGGGGGUUCGAACGAUCCCGUCCGUGUCGUAGCCUGGAAUGCUGCAGCAUCGGGCCCGGUCUACGACACGCUCGCGGUCGAACGUAUCAACGCGGGGCAGGAACUCAAAUUGGCCGGAAAAUACUACCAGUUGCCGAAGACCAGCAACUAUGAGAAGAUCGACUCCUUCAUCUACAACCCGCAGAUAAACGUUAUCACUGCCUUUCAUCUCACCACCACGGCGGCGCACUUCAUCGACCUCGAAGGACUGAAGUGGCUCAAAAGUCUUCGUGGCGCGCCAGGCAGCCCUGCGCCCACUAUCGACUUGGUCGUCGUCUCCCCUGACUUGACGCUCGAGCUCACAGUGACGGAGUUCGCGCUGGAGAUCAUUCGGCAGGUUUACCGUCUGCGUCUUCGAGACUGAGCAGUGACGGUCUUAGCGUGCUUGACUAUGAGAUACUGCCUUCACGGAGCCUUGGAAUCACUGUAUCUGGACGUUCAAGUCUCGACCCGCUAUCCUGCCGCCAUUCCAGGAUGUUGCAGCAACAUCGACAGGGUUCAGCCAGAACCUUGCUGACAGGCAGCGCCACCCGUUUCUGCCUGUACCCUCACACAAAUUGUGACAAGUGGAGGACCAUGGCCUAUUUGUAUGGGUUGUCUGGAUUGACUCCUUAAAUCAUUGCGAGGUGAGAGCAUGUAUAAAAAGAUGUCGCGGAUAUAUACAGGGAGAGAUAGCGGUAAUGUGUUGUCGCAGGUGGCUAUCGUGAACUUCGUGCAC